AUGGUGCAAAUCAAUUGGGAAAGGAUACUGGCUAUAAGGCCGGCGCAAUUGUCCGAUGAAGAAAUAGAGGAUUUAUUUCCCAUGGUGGUUCGCUGCAACGUGGACGAUGUAGACGAUGCAUACAACUUGAAAGUUCUUAUGAAACUAUCUCAAGAAAUGUUACAGCACAAGGAUAAUCAGGUUGAAUCGUUGCUGUUAGAAUGCGACGAAUUGAAAGAGAAACUGUCCAGCGUGUCUCCCCAAUUGCCGAAGAAUUCGAUGAAAGAGCAAUUGGCCUCGGAUUUCGUAAACGAAGAUAGCAUGUACAACGAGCGAGUUCCUCAACCAGUGAACCCCAAUUAUGAAGAUCUGUUGUUGGAAAGAAAUGAUAAAAUUAAAACGCUUAUAUCUGAACUCGAGGAAUUGGAAGAUGAAAAUGUCGCUUUGAAAGAGAAGUUAAGAGUAUUCAAAAAUGAAAUGGAAGACGCUACAAAAAACAUGAACGAGGUGGCCGAGAAGUUAAGCACUCUACAGAAUGAAAACGUGGAGUAUAAAGAAAAUAUAACUCAUCUUGAACGCCAGAAUGCAGCACUCGUUUCCCAGGUCGAAGACUUGGCGAAUCAACAAUCGUAUAGGGACAAAGUCAUUGAUGAUUUUGGAACCGCGAUUGAUGCCAGAAUUGCUGAAUGGAAGAGUCUGUUAGAUGAGAAAGAUGCGGAAAUAUCGCGUCUAAAGGAAGAUUUGGCCCAAUCUUCUGUUCAUUCCCAUACGUUCAUUAACGAGCAAAAUUCUUCUGAGAUUGUACAAUUGAACGAAGAGAUACAGCUCAAAGAUGCUACAAUUGAAGAAUUGCGUGGGAAACUUUCAGAAGCUGUUGAUGAAUUGAACGAAAGUGCGGCAGUCAUUGAAAAGUUUAAAACUAGUGCCAAAAACGGAAAGCAAAAAGAACACCGGGAAUUGCUAAAAAAACUGCAGGAUGCGUAUGAAGAAAUAUCGAAUUUGAAACAGUUAUGGAAGCAUGCGGACGAUGAUGCUAAGCUUAAGAGUAAAGAACUUUGCGAAUCUCUAGCCAUUUUAAAAAAAUAUGAAAAUAAGCACCACAGCUUGAAAGAAGCGAUGGACGAGGUCAAAGACUUAAGGGAAGAGCUUGAUCGAAAACGUAAUCACAUAGAAGAUCUUGUACAAGUCAUUAAUAAAUUAGAGGCGUUAAAUUCAUAUCAAGAGACGGAAAUAACGGCUCUUAGAGAAAAACUAGGAAUUUCGGAAAACGAAGAGAUUAGUACCGACGUUGUUCUUGCAAAACGCAAGGAGCAAGCGAGGGAAACCGAGGAAUUGAAACGAUUGAAUAGGUUAUUAAUGAAAGAAAAUCUUGAAACGAAAGCCGAGUUACGGACAGUAAGAUUCAAAUUUAACAAAUUGACAGAGAAGUCGAAGGAGCCAGCGGAAGGCAUGAUUAACGACAAGAGCCAAAGCCGUAUGACCAAAAUGUCUGAAAUGUCUGAAUCUGACUACAGUUGGGUCGCCGAACAGGACAAGAUGUCUCUACGUCACAUGUCUGAAAUUGACGAAAUCAAAGGAAACGUUAGAAUCGUUAUAGAAGAGAACGAAGCUCUAAGGAGAGGAAUGCAGGAGAUUUUGGACAGCAUACACGAUCAAGAUGGGAAGGGCACCGUAGAAAUUCAAUCCGAUACAUUGGAGAGGUUGUUGGAAGCAUUGGAUGUGAGGCACGUAGCUGGAUGGUAUCAUCCAGCGAUGAGACUUCAAAGUCGGCUGAACGUCAUACAAGGCAGUAACGCCGAACUCAGGGUUCAGCUCAAACAAAUAAGAAAGGAGUUGAAGAGGAAGGAUGACACUCUUCGACGCCUGGUAGUGGAUAACGUCGACAAGGAGAAAUCCGAUUCGGAAAAAUCUGAAAUCGAAGACACGAGCAUUUUUAUUUCGGAGUUGAGGAAGUCCGAAGAAACGCGUCGCCAGGAGACUGAGGAGUUCCAGAAAGAAAAGAGUACGCUGCUCCAGGAGAGGACCCAAUUGGAAGAUAGAAUCGCUCAAUUAAGCGCUAGACUAGAGGAAUACGACAAAAGUUGGCAGCUAUUCGAGUUGAGCGAAGACGGCGGUAAAAAGGCUUUCGUUGAAAGCAGCAAAGCGCUCGCCGAAGCUGUUGCGGAGAAAGUCGCUGUAACUAGAAAACACAAGAUGUUAGAGGAGCUCCUUGGCAAGGAAUCGGUAAAGCUCUAUCGCGUGCAAAAGGAAGCGGUGGCAAGGGAGUCGAACCUGCGAAAAAUUUUGGCAGACACCAAUAAACGAGGUAAAAUUUUGGAAACCGAAAUUGCGACUCUCAGGAGCAAUCUAAACAAUUCCGUCAGUACUUUGCAGUAUAACGAGUUGAAGGAAAAGUACGAGGAGACUUCCCUGAGAUUGCGCAUGAACAUUGAGAACCAAUUGGCUAUAAAAGACUCCGAAGAGGUUCGAUUUUUAAGAACCGAGUUGGAAUUGGUGAAAGGAGAGAAUGAACAGUUGGUGGAGAGCCUGCAGAAACGUAUCUCCGAAUCGGACGAGGACGAUCCGAAGCAGAAGUUGAAUCAGUUGAAGUCGAAGGAGCUCAUAGAGAGACAACGAGCAAACCAUAUGACGAAACUUCAUGAGAUUUCGCAGAGCCAGCUAGCUAAAUGCGAGGCCAACUUGGAAGAGACUGCGAGAAUCAAUUCCGAAUUGCGAGAACAGUUGAUCCAACUGCACAAUAAAUUAUCAAAGUAUGUAAACACCUCUCGGCAAUCUCCUCCCCCAGAUGACAGAUUUCUCGAAUUGGAGGAGCGCGUAAACGUCCUACAAACGGAGAACGAACAUUUGCAAAAGACUGUCGAUAUCUCUCGGGACGAAGCUCAGAUGCAUUACACGCUGAAUUCAUUGAAAACUCUGGAAGUGGACAAUCUCAGACAUCAGAUAUUAGAUCUACAGGCAAUCAGCGAAGACAAGGAGACUAUUGCCAAGUUGGGGUUCGAGUUGACCAACUGCAAAGCGUCGGAGAUCGAAUUGAACAAACGCAAAGCCCAGCUCGAGAACGAAACUAUUCAACAACAAGAGGAAUUGCACGUUUUGAAAAAGGAUCUCGACGAGCUUCGAAAUCGAGUGAUCGAGUGCAAGAAGCAGUGCGAUAUUCGCUGCAGAACCUAUUUAGAUGUAAUAGACUUCUUGCAGCGGCAAUAUGCCGGCUCUACGUCGACCUCCGCAUUAGAAAGAUUCGAUUCCGCGCAGAAACAAUUAGCGAGGAAUCGAAUGGAAUUGGAGGAGCAAUUAAAGAAAGCGAAAGAAACCAGCGACCGUGCAAAACUCCAACAAGACGAGUUGACCAAUCGGCUCCAAAUAGUUGAGCAACUUAAGGCCAUUCUGGAGGAACAAAUAGGUGGUUCAAACGUUCAAGACAUAUUGAAUCGUUUUUCUGAGAAUUCCCAACAAACCAUCAGUGAUUUCAGAUACAAGAGACGAAUAGCACAGCUGGAAUACGAACUCGAAAUCAACAACGGUAAAUUGGAAGCCUGUGAAUCAACCAUAUCCAUUAUGGAGCUCGAAAUGAUGGAAAUGCAAAAAAUUUGGGGUAGAAAGUCCGAGCCUUCUUCGGAACGAAUUAUAUCUCAAGAAUCGAAAGAAGUGCAGUCACAGGAUGCUGCUACCGCCGAACAAAAGACUGUAUCUACGCAAAUUGAAAUAAAAAACUUUUCAAUUGCGGUACAAACCGAGACUUUGUCCCUUUCGACGGAGGUAAAGGACGCCGCGAUAAAAAAAUCCGAUGCGUGUCUUCCAAAUGAAAGUAAAAUUAUCGAUGACAGGAAGGAAGAAAAGGCUCUCAGGGAAGGCCCACAAGACGUGACGAUUUCUACUCGUAGUAAAAAAGCCAACGUUAUUCUCAAUGCUGACAAUGAAGUUAAUUUAAAUGAAGCCCCUUUAAGUAACCUGCAUGAGCAAUUUAGGCAGGCUUUGAACCUUGCGUCGGAGCGAUCGGCGACGAUCAUAAAAUAUGAAUCACAAAUCGUUGAAUAUCAAGCAAGGAUAUCUGUUCUCAAUAAAACAAUCGAGGAGAAAGACUUACAGGUUGCUCAACGAGACAAGAUCAUCGAGCGAGUAAACAGAGAUUCCAGCAAUAUUCCAAUGGAUAGUACAGACAAAAUAGCCCUUAAGUCCACUGUCAACAGCUUGCAGCAGAUUCUUACUCAAAAAGAGGAAACCAUUACAAGGUACCAGAAUUUAUUGAAAGAAGAUAGAGACGAGCAUAGCAAAGCUGCUGCUCGUUUCCAGGAAGAAAUAAAAUCUUUGCACGAGAGAAUCUUGAGAAUGGAAAACGACGCCGAAGUCAAGUCUAAAAAUGAGCGCGAUCGAACGGAGUCCGUUGACGAAGAGAGGAAAUUCGAGAUGUCGAGGAGAGAUCUUAACAGACAUUUAGACCUGGAGGAAGAGGCAGCGAAACUUCGGGAAAAGGUUUUGACCCUAGAGGCGGAUUUAAAUAUUACCGAGGAAUUGAGCGAAAGGUGGCAUCGUUUAGCCGAGGAAAGACUGAAGCACAUGGACCACAUGAGGGAUCGACUCGAGGAGUAUCACAAAAAAGAAAUAGAGAGCUAUAGAGCCGAACUCGAUAAAUGGCAAGCAGAGGCUGAUAGCUUGAGACAACAACUUUCCGAGAAUCGAAUGCAAUUGACGAAAGGAAACAUUUCAUUGGCUAAAGAAUUACAGGAGAGGGACAAUAAAAUUCACGAGCUUAGUAUGACACAUCAACAGUUACAGAAUGAACUGAAGAUAACGAAGGAGAUUAGUCUCUCGCAAAAAGCUGAUGCCCAUGAAUCGCGAGAAUAUCGCGUGCAGGAGAUGGCUCACAAUAUCAGCAGAGAUCAAACUAAUCACAUGCAAUCGCAAUUAGAUAUUUUACGCCGACAACUCCAAGCCAUGAUGGAGAAAGAAAAAAUUUAUAAAAGCCAGAUAGUCGAUAUGAAGCAGCAGCUUAGUCGAAGAUACAUGGCAGUAAAGACACAGGAGAAGAAAGCAUCCCAACGGGAAACGCAACUUGACCGUAAGGUGAAGACUCUGGAAGAAGAAUUACACAAAGCUCGGGCACAAUUGGAGAGGGAGUAUCAUGUUCACGAAGCGAAGAAAGCUAAAACUGCGGAAGAACUGGCGCUGUGGGACAAGCAGAAAAAGUGGCAGCAAACGGCGGAAAAAUUGAAGGAAAAAUUGAAGGAAAAGACGGAGGAGGGCAAAAGGUUACAAACGACUUGCGAUAAGCUACGAUCCGUGAUCUCGUGCAUGGAUCGAGAAAAAUGGUACUUGAAAAGUAAAUUGAGGGUCGAAAAUGGAACCGUAUCCGGAGGCUUGUCGUCAAGACCCGUCUCCGAUUUUCAGUUUAACGUAAUAGAAAACUUGCAAGUCGAAUGCGAGACUCUGAGGGAGCGAGUGAAGCAACUCACGGACAGGCUGGAAAAUGAAGAAAAUUCCCAACUUAUUCGGAAAAUAGAAGAACAAAGAAGACGCAUCGCGGCGCUAGAAACCCUGGUCGAGGGAAAUUCCUACGUGGUCGACCGAUUGGAAAAAUUGGAGGCCGCGAAAGAACAUCUGCAAAGGACGAACAUUAAACUGGAGAGUGAAAACUUUGAGUUGAAACUCGAAAUCGAAAAACUGAACCUCGACACUCCGAGGCUCCGGGAAAAGAUCGAGCACCUGGAAAAAUACGUGGAGCUGCUGAAAGUAGAGAAAUCCUCGGACUCGUCGCCUCGAUCUCUCGACAGAGAGUCGCACGAACAGGGCUCCAAAAAAUCUCUUUUAGAAUUGGAGAAGACCGUCUUCAUCUUGAAACGAGUAGUGGAAAGACUUCAGGCAGAAAACAAAAGAUUGCGCGUCAACUCAAAGCACUGCCAUUGUUCUGCGACUUCUGCAAGGCCACGUUCCGAUGGAUUGGAGGUAUCUCAGGAACUUUACAAAAAGGCAAAACAGCGUGUAGUGGCUUUAGAAACUGAUUUACAGCUCGCUGAACAAAGAAUAGCAAUGUUAGAAAAUGCUCGUAAAGAAGACGACAGUACCGGAGAAGUUAAUUUACUGAAGCAGCAAUUGGCUCACAAAUCCGAGUUGCUGGAUAAAGUGAAGCAGUUGUUGACGAGAGCAGCCGUCAAUGAAAAAGCGCUACGUCAAAAAGUACAACAGUUGGAAAUGAAGCAGACGCUGAACACGAUACCCGAAUGUUUCGUGACACCUCCUCCUUUGGAAUCAGACACUUUGUAAGAUUUAAUCAAUGAUGCUGCCACCGUGUAUAAUAAUAAAUAUAAUUAAAAGAACUGA